AUGAAUGUAAAAGAAAUGAUCGGCGGCUGCAUUGUUUGUGGUGAAGAGCAAAUCAGCGAUGAGAACUCGUUGAUCUACUGUGACGGACCUUGUGGACACGGCUUUCACCAGGCUUGCUAUGGCGUCGUCGAGAUCCCCAGCGGAGACUGGAUUUGUCGUCUCUGUGAGUUUUCAGUUUCUCAACCGAAAUGCGAGCUAUGCCCUUCGACUUUUGGAGGCUUCAAACCGACAGGCAACAAAAAGUGGGCUCAUGUAAUAUGCGGCCUCUUCUUGCCGGAAAUCACAUUUGGCGACAAGACUUUGAUGGAACCGAUUAUUCUUGAUGGAAUACAUCCUGAGAUUUUCAAGAAACCGUGCAUUUUAUGUAAAACGGCAAGUGACGCCUCUUACGGCGCUUGUGUGACUUGUAGUCAUCCGAGUUGCAAAACUUCCUUUCAUGUCACAUGUGGACAAGCUGAAGGCCUUCUUGUCGAGGAGACUGUCAAGUCUAAAAACGACCCAUCUGAUCCUGGAACAACCUAUUUUGUGGCAUACUGCUCAUCACAUUUGCAUAAGCAAGAACAUGUUGCGAAAAACCGAGCCAAUUCGUCUAAUAUGACAUAUUCAUAUCGUAUAAUGCCCAAGAUUAAACUGAAAGACCAACUUGCUCAUAAAUCCUCUUCCCUCAACCUUUCCUCCUCAUCAUCGACUACCUCUAGUGCUCCACCUUCUCCAGCAUCUACAAAGAAAAAAUCGUCCAGUAGUCGCUCUGCCACUUCAUCGAAAGCUGAUCGAGAACCAAAGUCUUCAUCGAAAGACUCGCGCAAUAAUACAAAGUCAGUUUCAAAAAAGUCAGCAAGUGCAUUAGACUCUAGCAGCAGUUUUAGCCCGUUUACAAACGGCUCCACAGCUUCAUUGCCCGGAAACUUACCUUUAAGCUUCUCAAGUGAGCAUUCUGCUUAUAAAUCUUCUUCACAUAAACUCGAAAGUCUUCAUCGUAAGAGUAAUAAGCACAAGUUAGAAAACGAUUCACCUUCAGCUAAGCACAGCAUUUCAACAAGUAAGCUUUCCAAAAUGGACAACACACUGUCACCAUUUGACAUUAGUGCAAAACAUCGCAUCGUUUCGCCAUCGACAUCGUCGGUAAAUCAGCCACCGCGAAAGCGUCAUCACUCUGAUUCGACAUCGUCGUCGGACAAAUCCUCGUCUGAUGACUCUAGUGACAAUUCAGAUUCAGACUCUAGCUCAUCCUCCUCCUCCUCCUCUUCUUCAUCUAAUCGCUCACGAGUGUCGCACAGGAGUAGAAAGUCGAACUCUUCUCGCUCCUCAUCGGAUGACUCUAGGCCGAAUUCUUCUUGUUCAUCGCAUUCCGAGGAAGAAGUUGAGAAAAGUAAAGUCAAAAAGGCCUUCAAAAAACCACAGCAGAUAAUCGCUGAAACGAUACGUGACUCUAUGGUGUUUCCUAAAACAACAGCAGCCACAAGUAAGAAAGCCAAACAGCCAAAUGAUAGCGCAAUCAGCAGCAGCAACAACACUAGCAGUGAAAGUUUACACUCUUCCUCGAUCGAUAAAAGCAGCUCCAACGGCAGAACAAAAUCUGAUAUCUUUAGCGAUAAGGGCAAAGCGUCGAAGUCAGCUAAGCAAAGCAGAACAAAUGUUCCUUCAUCAAAGAAAGAUCUUUCGCACAAUUCAUCGGCAAGUUCUUUAGGCUACACCAGCAGCACAAAGCCACCUGCUAGCAGCGAUUCAAAGUCAAUGUUUGUCUUAAAAUCAGACGGUAGUGAUGAUGAAACGUCGGAAUACAGUAAACGUUCAAAGAAAUCUCAAAAAUCGUCAAAGCCAAAGAAAUCUGCUAAUGCGUCUAGUUCUGUUAACUCAAACCGCUCAUCAAAGAAAAUUACCUCUAAUAAGUAUGUAAUUUCUGGAAGCUCCGAUGAAUCUUCCGACGAAAAGUGUCCCACUGACGCGUCCGACGACGAAAAGUCAAAGUACAAAUCUGAAGACGAUUCGGAUAAUGAUUUUGAGUUUAAAAAGAAAAGUGCAAAAAUGACUUUUAACAAAAAGUCAACUACUGAAAAGAAACCCAAGGCCGUCGCUCGAUCAAGGACCACGUCGUCUUCGAGUAGUAGAAAGAAAUCAGUCAGUGAUGAGUCGAAGCCAAUCAUUAUUCCAAGUGGAAGGCGAAGUCCAGUUAAGAAGGAGUUGCCCCAGCAAACCACAGCAAGUAUUAAAGGAAAGCCGCUGGCAAAAGACGCAUUCACUGAUCCGCCUGUUCCGGCGUCUGCUCGUGCACGGAGAACAUCGGCCUCUAGAUCGCCUGCCAAAAGCAAAAUGAAAAUAAGUGCCCCCCAAACUGCUGAUUUGAAGCCUGAUGUGGAGAACAUGGAAACAGAUGCAGUGUUUGUAGGAGAGAGUGAUAGUAACACAAUGUCGAGUCCAUUACGACCUCACAGGGGAGCCCUGAAAGCGGCACCACCAUUUGUGGUUAAUCACCAUGACUCUCGAGUAAUGUCCCCCAGUGUGAAUGACGACUCCACCAUGAGUUCGGUUUUGUCACCUCCACACUCCUACCGAUCGUCUUUCAUGAGCCCAUCUGGCCGAAGCGCAAUGGAACAUAGUGGCCUCAACAUUCACAUUCCUGUCAAGACCGGUGCUACUACUAAGGAGCCACCUGUGGCGAGUCAACGCAUUUCACCGCGAAUCGCCGCUCUCAAUGAAGCCAGACCGCCCCCUCAAAUGGCGAACUUGUUCGUUCCUAGAACAAUUGAAGAACUUAUUGAGUUUCAAACAGUCAACACUACCAAUUUUCUGCUCAGUCGAGAGGAAAAUCGUGACAUUGCAGCGCUGAUGCGCCAGUUGAACUCGCUGAUUCAGGAAAACUCGCAGACUGAGAGAAGUAUAGAGUCUCUGUCGAAAGAGCUAAACUGUCUCAUGACACUGAACAAGGAACUUAAAGGUGUGGAGAUAACUAGUAGUACUUCAAUCAUUUCCAAACGAUCUCAAGCGGCUGAACUGACGUUAAACGGUGUGAAUGGUGAAGCUUUAGGGAGAUCGAGAGCGCUCACGGCCACCUCGGGCAUUGGCUCUCUGGUUACCACUCCCAGCCUUUCAUCUUCCGAACUGGACUCGCAGUCCUCGUGUUCCAUGCCAACGAGCCACCCGACCACUUUUACUUCAAUACUAAACAGUAAACCUAGCGCCACUCCGACUUUGAUAUCUUCUCUCAACUCUGUGACACCUCUCGCUCCGACGACGACCACUGCAAGCUCCAUGAUCUACUCUAGCUCAUCUCACCAGCCACUGUCCACGACGACACUUCAAAAUGCAAACACUUCAAUGGCCAACAUUCUAGCGGCGAAUAAUCAUUUCAGCCAACACGGCCAACAAGCUCCGUAUAAUCAACCCUUUGUUCUCAACUCGAACCACGCCACUAAUGCAAGUACUUCACGAUCUCGUCAGGGAGAAAUCAAUCUCUCAGCCUCCUUAUCUGCCUCACUCUACGCCUCCGCUGGGGUGCAUCAUCAACCGCCUCAGCAGGUGACACCUUUGGGCAGUCACCUUCAUGGUCAGGUGCCAGGAGGCCAUCCGUUGGAUAAUCUGACAAAUCCAGCCAUUCUCAACCAACUGAACCACCUUGUGACGACUGGGCAAGUGCCUACGGGUGCUCUUCGCCACUCCGCCUCGUACCAGCAACUGAUAGGAGCAUCUGCGCAGUACGAACAGCACCAGCAGCAGCACUCUGCAUCCAAUGGAAGCAACAUCAAUGGUCGACAUGCCCCGCUCACUCGAAGAAACAGCGGCAAUUCGGCCGCAGCUUUGAAUCACCACCACUCAAUGGCGAAUGGAGUUGGCACUGGCACUUCAUCUACCUCUGCCAGUAAUCGACCAUACGAAAACAGCCUGGGCCAUGCGUCCACCAAUGGCGGCCCAAAUUCCGCCCACUUUUAUAACCACAACUAG